AUGAAUGGGCAACGAAAAGUCAGGAUCUCUCCUACUUUUCUGAAAAUAACACCUAGAAAAGCAGGUUUAAGGGAUCUGUCUCGUCUCUUGGGACACAGUGACUUAAGGAGAAGAGAUUUUGUGGAUAGUUCGGAUGAAACGGGAGUAGAAUUCAAGUACAGAUGGUUGAUUUUCAUCUCCACUGCAAUGCAGAAGUUGCUCAUGUUCUUCUCCACGCCAUUGGCAUUGGUGGGGUUGGUGACCGAGACGUGGCUCAACUUUCUCUCCUACAACCCCACCCUUUGUGCUUUCAUCAAACAUCUCUUUAAUGGGACAUUGAUACCGCAUAGAGAUUCAGCAGAUUAUGUCUCCUUCAUUGGACAUUUAGAUGACAGAAAGAAGUGGGACAGUGACAUCAAAAAUGGAGACGGUUUAAGGUAUUUUUCAGCAUUAUGUAUGAUGGCUUCCAAAGCAGCAUAUGAGAACAAAGCCUACAUUGAAAGUAUUGUCAAGGAUUGGGAGAUGGUUGAGUUCUUGGAAUUUCACAAUUGUUGGAAUGAUUACCAAAACAAAGCCACGACCGGAGUCUAUUUCCUUCGCGUUAAAGGUGACGAUCACGACACCAUUGUUGUUGCUUUUAGGGGAACGAAGCCAUUUAGUGCAGAUGACUGGUGCACAGACUGGGAUCUCUCACAGAAACAGCUCGACUACAUGGGAAGCGUCCAUGAAGGUUUCAUGAGAGCCCUAGGGUUGCCCAAGGACUACCAAGAUGACCCUAGUUUCUUCAACUGGCCGGUGGAAUACAAACAACCCACGGCUUACUAUUUCGUAAGAGACAAGUUAAAACAACUAUUGAACGAAAAUGAGAAAACGAAGUUCUUAGUGACCGGCCAUAGUUUGGGUGGUGCGUUAGCGAUUCUAUUCCCUACAGUCUUGCUUUACCACGACGAGAGCUCGCUGGUGCAAAGAUUGGAUGGGGUUUACACGUACGGUCAGCCGAGGGUCGGCGACGGAAAGUUUGCCGAGUUCAUGGAAUGCAAGUUGAAAGAGCAAAAUAUUCGAUAUUUGAGAUUCGUUUACGAUUUCGACAUGGUUCCAAGGCUGCCUUACGACGAAAAAGAUCAUUGGUACAAGCACUUUGGCAAGUGUCUCUACUAUGACUGUCAUUAUCAAGGGAAGGUUGUGUCGGUAUUACCGAACAAGAACUAUUUCUCUGUCAUGAUGUCAAUGAACAUGAUCAUGAGCGCCAUCUUUGAGUUGAUAAGAAGCUUCACAAUACAAUAUACGAAGGGGUCAUAUUACAAAGAAGGGUGGUUGUCACGUAGUACUAGAGUUAUCGGAUUGGUGAUCCCCGGAGUUUCAGAUCAUUCACCUCAAGGUUAUGUUAACAUUACUUGCCUUGGGUCGCCCGAAGAUCUUAUAGACUCGUAG